UCCAAGUUCAAAGUUCAGUCAUGCAAAUAUAAGUAUUGUUACUAUUGUAUUUGACAUUUAUACUUGCAAUACAAAUUGCAAAAUCCAUAUGCAAGUUCUUAUCUUAGUUAUACAAUACAUGUAUAUAUUUCGGAUAUCUGUAUUAUAGGCUACCUGAUCACACAUUGCUACUCCAACUUAGUCACUUUAAGCAGGACUUCAACAAUCAUUUAUUAUCCUUACGUACAUGUAUGGUGCUAAUUCACAUUACACUUGAUCACAGUUUAUCUAGUCAUUCUGACUUAUUAUUAUUAUUGUUUUUUUUAGCCUUUUUAUCACAUAUAUCUAGUCAUUCUGACUAAUUGUGAGCUGGAUACAUCGCAAUUUGAUGUCAAAUGGUAUUAGCUGAAGAAAAAAAAAAAUUAACAACAAACCAUGGAUAGAUUACAUUGAAAACUAACAGUUAGUGUUGAUUAAUGACAAAGGUCUCCGGUGCCACGGUGCGGAGCAUCUCCACCGUCAUAAGGGCCUUCCUCAUCCAGCCAGGCCCCAAAUUCAUGGAGCUGGAAAGAUACAUCGAGGGUGCCUGCACAGGUAUCCGACUGGAAUACACUCAGGAGAAGCGCAACAGCUUCAUGUGCCAGGUGUUCCAGCCAUAUAUUGAACAUUUGUUGCGGCAGCUGGAGGACCAGUUCCCUGACCUGGCCAUCCUAAGCAAGCUGACCGUCAUGGACCCAGCAGGGAUUGACCACCCUGAGGAUGCCGACUAUAUGGCUACCUAUGGGGAUGAGCAGAUCGAUGAUCUAGUACAACAUUUCACAAAUCUGGAUGGGGAAGCCAUGCGCCGGGAGUGGCCAGUCGUGCGGCAGAUGUUGACGGAGAUGAGGCCAGCCACACUGCAACAUGCCCUAUCCCAGCUUGCCACCCUACACAGCCAGACACUGCCAAAUUUCCACAAGCUAGCUACCAUCUCUUUGGUGCUUGCUGCCUCCUCAGCUGACUGUGAGCGGGGAUUUUCACACAUGCGCAUAGUGAAAAACUACAUGAGGAACAGGCUGAGUGAGUCAGCUUUGGAGGCGCUGCUGCUACUGGCAAUUGAGGGGCCACCUCGGCAAGAAUUUCCAUUCGACCAGGCAGUUGACCGUUGGGCUGCCAUGCGCCAGCGUCGAGUAGAUGUGACAAAGUAGAGUCACAGUUCCUGCUUAUUGCAGUUGAUGUCAAUAAAUGAUACAACCAUUGCCUUGUGUUAUGUUCAUUUUUAUGUACUUACCCGAAAAAAUUACAAGUUGCCUUCAAGUUCUCCCAUAGUUACCCCAUUAACCCUAAGUUUUAAAAAUACAAAAAAUAUAACAAAUUACACACCAGAUCAGAGAAAACAAAUCAACUCAAACAUGUCCCAAAAUGCCUCAGAAUGCACCACAGAGCAUCUAAGACCUCAAAAUUUUCUCGGGGGGGUACCCCCUAACCCCCAUGGUUUUCGCUCGC